AUGACAAUAUCGCAGUUUUUUAUCAUUUCCCACUCAGGAGAUGUUCUUUUGUCGAGAAACUUCCGGAACGAGACCACCAAAAAUGUCGAUAAUUUUUACAACUAUUUGAAGGAAAAUAGUAAUAUCGGUCCGAUAUUUGAACUGGAAGGAAUGCUGUAUUUCUAUAUUAGAAGAUCAAACCUGUACUUUGUCAUGAGCACGAGGUAUAUAACAUCACCAUCGUAUGUGAUGGAGCUGUUAAACAAAAUUACGAAUUAUUUAAAGGAUUUUAUCGGAAUAUUGAACGAAGAAACUAUAAAAUCGAAUUUUGUGUUGGCAUAUGAGAUACUCGACGAGAUAUUAGAUUAUGGAUAUAUACAGUGUAUAAGUAUAAACCAGCUGAAACAGAAGAUAUAUAACACCUCGACAGUGACGACAGAUAACAUAAAACCGAUGAUGAGUAACCGUAACAUGUUGCCUUCUGUGGUUAGUAAUAAGUCACUGAUAAACCCGAACAACAAGAAUGAAAUUUUUGUUGACGUGAUUGAGAAAGUUACUGCAAAACUGGGUAGUGAUGUAAAAACAACAGUGGAAGGGCAAAUACAAAUCAAGUCCUAUUUAAAAGGGUCACCAAGUAUACAGAUGUACAUUUCAAAUAAUGUACAAUUUUCAAAUAAUACAUCCCGAACUAGUAACGAACCAGAGCUGACUAAUCAACCUUCGAGUAACCUACAUUUAGAACAGUUUCCAAUUCCUGAUAAUAAAUUUAGUGUCGGUAGCAUUAAUGCUGGUAGUACUGAUAGAGUUGGUAGUUUAGAAUACCAUCGAGAUCAAACAUAUAGAUUUCAAAGUCUGGAAAUGGAGGAUGUGUUUGAAAACAAAAUAGUUAUCGAAGACUAUAAUCUUGAAAGCGAUGUAGAGAUGGUUAAUAACGUUAUGAAAUUUAUACCCAAAGAGGGAGAGUAUACUAUACUAAAUUACAAAAUAAAAAAUGUUAAAAUGCCCUUUGAUAUAAAAACUCAACUUGUGAAUAAUACGGAAAAUACCGUAGGCUUGUCAAUAAGAGUGGCUUGUAACUUACCUAUAAAUGUUCAUUCCUUCUUCCUACUUAAGUGUAAACUGCCAAACAACGUCAAUACCAUCAACAUGUCAGUCAACCCAAAGUUUUUUCAACAAGUAUCGGAAUACAAAUUGGAGAAUAAUACUAUAUCCUGGAACAUAAAGAAUAUUCAAGGCUCGAGUGAAGUCGUUCUUAAUUCCGAAAUUGUGUUUAACAACAAAGUCAACUCUAACCAAUUUGGGCCAAUUAACCUCAUAUUCGAGGUUCCGCUGUACAAUAUCACAAAUCUAAAGGUGAGUCUAACAAAUUCUCAAUUUCCAAACUCAGAUAAAAUACCUCAACGUUAA